AUGAGUGGCCCUGUGGUGUCUGAAGACACAGCGGGCACUGCCCGGGACCAGCUGCAGUGUCUUCUGGAAGGUCUGGACCAGUACCAGCUGGAGGAGCUCGUGCUACGCCUGCAGUGCCCAGAGUUGCUACAGCGGCCGCCCCCAGCCCUGCCCUGGGUGGCCCUGAGGGGCAGCAAUACAGCAGAGCUGGUGAGCCUGCUGCUGAAGCACUUCCCGGGGGGCACGUGGCAAGAAGUGCUUGCCCCCAUCUUCCAGCACCUGAGCCUGCCCUUCCCCAGAAAGGCAGCUGGAACAGCCGUGAUUGAGCCCGCACAGGGGCAGGAACCUCAAGACCCACUGAAGGAAGCAUCAGGGCUGCAAGAAUACCAAGACAUAGUGCAAGAGGACCCUGAAAUGCCAGAAGAAGAAAAAGCCCACUGGCGGUGCUACCGAGAGAGGAUGAAGGCAAACAUACUACGCAUGUGGGCCCAUGUACCCUGGCCCGAGGACCAUAUACAUCUCCUCCACGUGACCACACUGGAGCACCAAGAGCUGGAGCGUGUCCUGUGCCCUCAUGGGGCUGACGUGAGGCCCCUCACGGUCGUCCUGGAGGGCAGUGCAGGGGUGGGCAAAACCACAGUGGCGGCCAAGUUGGCACUGCACUGGGCAGAGGGCAUGCUGUUCCAUCACUACUUCUCCUUCGUCUCCUACAUCAGCUGCCACCAGGUGAACGAGAUGGGGGACACCUGCCUGGCCGACCUGCUCUCCCUCCACUGGUCAUCUGAUCCCCGGUUCCUGAUGCAGAAAUUUCUGAGCCACCCCUGGCAGCUGCUAUUUAUUGUUGAUGGGAUUGAGGAGCUGCAGGUGCCCCGCAGAGAGGCUGAGAGCCCACCCGCUGCAGACUGGUUCCAGAGACUGCCAGCCACCCAGGUGCUCCUCAGCUUGCUGAAGAGAAAGGCCCUGCCCACGGCCACCCUCCUGGUCACGAGCAGGGCUCAAAGGCGCCCAGCUCUAUAUCGCCUGCUACGGCAGCCGAGCUUCGUCACCCUCCGCGGCUUCUCCGAGGACGACCAGGAGGAGUAUUUCCUUAGAUUCUUUGGGGACCAGGACAUGGCCAGGGAAACCAUGCAGUGGCUGCGAGCCACGGGAACGUGGCUUCCUGCUUGCUGCGCCCCACUGAUGUGUUGGGUGGUGGGCACCUGCCUCAAGCAGCAGCGUGCAGCAAACCCCAGCUUCCAGUUGAGGGCCCAGAGCCCCACCGCACUGUAUGCCGGCUUCUUCUCCAGCCUGAUCUCCGCAGAGCCAGGCCUGCAGGGUGUGGGGAUACAUGAGCAAUGGGGUGCCCUGUGCCGGCUUGCCGCCAAGGGGAUGUGGCAGUCAACGGGCACAUUCCCGAAGCAGAUGGAGGGCAGCGGGGCCCUGACAGCGCCCUUCAUCCAAGCCCUGCUCAGGCUGAACAUCCUCCAGACAGUGGCCAGCUGUAAGGACUGCGUGACCUUCAUCCACCCGAGUUUCCAGGCAUUCUUUGGGGCCCUGUUCUAUAUGCUCAGGGGGGCACUUGGCUGCCUGGGUGGGCUCACAAAGCCUCAGGAGCUGCACAUGUUCCUCAGCGCGGCGCUGGCUGAUAGAGCCACCCACUGGGAGCAGAUGGUCAUUUUCUUCUUCGGCCUUCUGCACAGAGAUGUGGCAAGGGAGCUGGAGGGCAUACUGCCGGCUUCCAUGGCUUCUGCCACCACCUUGGACCAGUUACUGGAGUGGGCCGAGGGGCUGGAGACACUGCCGCUGAUCCCUGUGGGGCACGUGCUCCUCUUCCAGUGUCUGCACGAGGUGCAGGAGGCCAGCACGGUGCAGCAGGUUCUGAGUCACCUCCGGGAAGCCCACGUGGAUGUGUGUGGGAACUGGCAGCUCCGAGAUGCUGCAUUCUGCCUGCGGAAUUGCCGAAACUUGCAAAAGUUGCGGCUCUCCCUCUCUGGCCUCCUCCCAGCCACGGAAGUAGCUUCUGGUGGGAAGACCCCGGAGGGAAAGGUGGCUUCUUCCAAGAUACGUCAGUGGCAGGACAUCUGCUCUGUGUUCAGCUAUGGCAACGUGCACGCGCUGGACCUGAGUAACAGCACCCUCAACAUUCUGAUGAUGAGGAAACUCUGCAGAGAACUGCGGAACCCGCGGUGCAAGCUCCGACAGCUGACGUGCCGCUCUGUGGAGCCACGGCGGGUGCUGCAGGAGCUGCCUGCGGUCCUUCAUGGCAACAGCAGGCUCACACACCUCGACCUGAGUGCCAACGACCUAGGGGUCAUUGUGUCCACUGUCAUCUUUAAGACCCUGCGGCACCCUGCCUGCCAGCUCCGGUCUCUGCGGCUGGAGUCCUGCCAUCUCCCAGCACCUGCCUGCAGGAAACUUUUCCUGGCCCUGGGCCAAAACACGAGCCUGACCUUCCUCAGCCUGGGGGACAAUGACCUGGCCCCCCUGCAGAACACAGCUCCACCAGCACCCCCCAAGGACAUCCUGUGUCCCCUGCAGCACCCCCUGAGGAAGCUCUGACUCUGGUUUUGCCAGCUGGGUGCUCCCAGCUGCCGGUACCUGUCCCGCGCACUCCUGCAGACCUGGGCGCUGACCGGCCUGAACCUGCGGAAGAACC